AUGAGGCUCCUGGAAUUGUUGCUCCCAUUGCUGGCAUGGGUGCAGCUAGUAGUUGCUCAGGAAUCGGCUAUGCUGGCUGUGGCCAAGCAACUUCCCCAAUGCGCGCAAGUGUGUCUUGCCACAGCAGUCACCCAAUCGCCUGUUCAGCACACAGACCUAGCCUCAAUAUGUGCAGAUGCUAAAUUGCAAGGCGAGGUAGAAGCGUGUGUUUUGCAAGCGUGUACACUGAGACAGAGUUUGACGACCAAGAAUGUCACUUCAACAAGCUGCCACGCCCCCAUACGUUAUUCUGGCGAGUCCAUUCGCGUAUCAAACUUGAUUCUCUCGAUCGUCACCGCUGUCUGCGCGCUCUCCAGGAUUAUAUACAAGGCCGUGUUCUCUAUUGGAGAGCUCGGUUACGACGAUUACAGCGUCUUAGCCGCACUGAUAGCCGGUGUACCAUCUGUCGUUAUCAUCGAUAGAGCCAUCGUUCCAAACGGUCUUGGAAGAGACGUUUGGACAGUCAGCUUCGAACAAAUCACCAACUUCGUCCGGUAUCUUUACGCCCUGGAAGUCCUGUACUUCAUCCAGAUUGCGCUUCUGAAGCUCACGCUUCUUUUCUUCUUUCUCCGGAUCUUUCCAAAGCCGAUGAUCAGGCGACUCCUCUGGGCUACUGUUGCAUUCAACUGUCUCAACGGCGUUGCAUUCACGUUCGCCGCCAUCUUUCAAUGUCGACCGAUAUCCUUUUACUGGACGAAAUGGGACAAGGAGGGAUCAGGCCAAUGCAUCGAUAUCAACGGAUUAGCGUGGACAAACGCCAUCAUCAGUAUUGUCCUAGAUAUUUGGAUGCUCGCUUUACCCUUGUUCGAGGUUUUUAACCUGCAGCUGUCCUGGCGUAAGAAGCUUAGCGUUGCUGUUAUGUUUUGUGUUGGCACAUUUGUAACCGUCAUAUCGAUACUCCGUCUGCGGUCUCUUGUCAACUUUGCCGCUUCCGCGAAUCCAACAUGGGAUCAAGCGGAUGUGAUCAACUGGUCAAACAUCGAAAUCAAUAUCGGAAUCAUCUGCGCCUGCUUGCCUGCACUACGCGUCAUUCUUGUCCACUUGUUCCCCAAGGUCCUUGGUACAACCAAGGCCACCGACCGGCCUUACUACGCAUACGGCAGCCAAAGUCAUGGAAUGAGGAAGGGAGGCAGUGCGCCGGCCAGCGGUCCAGGGAGAUCGGCUGUCUCAAACGGCGGACGGGAUCCGAACGCCAUCACAUACACUAAAACUUUCGAGAUACGGCAUGCAGAUAGUGAUGAACAGUCACUUGUUCAGAUGGAGCUGGAUCAAUUUGGACCAAAGAAACAAAAGAACCCAAGUAGCAGUACCAGUAUUUCGAGUUUAUAG